ACCACACUCAGAGCGCGCAACAUCAGCAACAGCGACAGCUGACAACAUAUGGAGAACAUGCAGAAACCAUGACAUCUGGUGAUUUUUUUUAUUCCUGAUCCUGAUCUGAAAUACUCCAUUUUUUUUAACACAGUGUCGUGAAAGGAAAACGCAUGGAAGUCCUGAAUGAGCAGCUGUGCAGUUCUACCAGCUUCAUGAAGUAAAUUAAGUUUAUGAAUAAUAAAUUAAUCAAUUGCAAUCCGUUCACAACGCAGUGGUCUUAAAGAAACUGUAAAGACAAUAUAUUACAUCCUUCUAAACAAUAUCAUGACUCUUAUGUGGACAUGCACUAUAAUUCUUUCAACCUUUUUUUUUUGUUUGGAAAUUUUGCAGUUGCAAACUCGCUUGAGCGCUCUUACCGCUGAGACCUCUCUGAAUGAGUUUGUUCUGUAGUGACAUGACACGUGUGGCUUCAUGGAUUCAGUGUUCCGGGGCUGUUACAGCUGUGCGCUACGCGCGCUUUUCGGAGCGCAGUGAGGCGCGCGCGCUGUCCGAGGCUGGUACCGAGCAGUGCCGCGAACUCGCCCUUUAUGUGCCAGUGGCGCGGAGGGCUGUGGCGCGUGCUGCCGUCCGGCCGCUCGCAGCAUGAAGUGAGGAUGGUGGAGGAGACGGUCGACCCUCUCAGGAACGCUUCGUCCUCCCGUGGAAACGAUGAGAGUCUCUCCUUCCUCUGGAGGCUCACUCUGCUGGCCAGCGUGCUCAUCACCACUAUAGUGGUAGACGUGCUGGGCAACCUGUUGGUCAUCGUGUCGGUUUUCAGAAACAGAAAACUCAGGAAAACAGGUAAUGCCUUUGUGGUGAGUUUGGCUGUAGCAGAUCUUGUAGUUGCCAUCUACCCUUACCCACUGGUCUUAACUGCAAUCUUCAACAAUGGCUGGAUUGCAGGAAACAUCCACUGCCAAAUCAGUGGCUUCCUGAUGGGGCUCAGUGUCAUCGGUUCCAUCUUUAACAUCACCGGUAUCGCCAUCAACCGCUACUGUUACAUCUGCCACAGCCUUAACUAUGACAAGAUUUUCUCCAAAAAGAACACUGUGUGCUACGUGGUGCUUGUGUGGGCCUUCACCAUCCUGGCCAUCGCACCCAAUUGGUUUGUUGAGUCUUUGCAGUAUGAUGCCCGUGUCUAUUCAUGCACAUUUGCCCAGUCGGUCAGCUCGCUCUACACCAUCAUGGUGGUGGUGGUGCACUUCAUCCUGCCCAUCAGCAUUGUCACAUACUGCUACCUGCGCAUCUGGAUCUUGGUCAUCCAGGUGCGCAAACGGGUCAAACCUGACAACAGGCUCAAGAUCAAACCACAUGACUUUCGUAACUUUCUCACCAUGUUUGUGGUGUUUGUGCUGUUUGCUGUGUGCUGGGCGCCACUGAACUUCAUUGGCCUGGCAGUGGCAAUUCAGCCUACGCUGGGCCAGGCCAUUCCUGUGUGGCUCUUCACAGCCAGCUACUUUAUGGCAUAUUUUAACAGCUGCUUGAACGCUGUUAUCUAUGGCGUACUCAACAACAAUUUUCGAAAUGAGUACAAAAGAAUUGUGUUCUGUCUUUUUAAGUUUCAUUGUUAGGUUUCUUUGUUUUUUUUUUCCAAAGAGGAGACGUGCACUGUGAAUUUAUUAGCAUACAAAUCAUAUUCAGCCAAACAGAGAUGGACCGAUUGUUUUGCAUAGGCUCAUGUUUACUAUUUCUUUAAAAAUGAUAUGGACUGAGACUCAGUCAUGGACAUUUAAAUAUAAUAUAUAAAGUAAGCUAAGGUUUGUAUGUUUUUGUAUGACUCAAAUGCCAUUACAUACUUAAAUACUUAAAUGAAUGCAUGAAAUAAUCCAAACUAAUAAUGAACAAUGGUUACAUCUGUGAGGAAUUGCAGCUGUUUCUCCAAAUGGCAGUUUCAGUUAGCAUAAUGUCUUACUUAAUCAAUCUCAACUUCUCAACAAAAACUGACAGCUAGAACUCUGGGAUUUCAUCAGUGAAGUGAGUGUUGGAUGUUGGAUAGAAACACAUUUUUCCAAACAGACAGAGGUUGAAUAGAUGAAUAUUCCAUAAUUUAUUACAGGUAUACAAAUGAGUUUUGAAGGAUCCAUGUCAAAACUGUUAUUUGAUGAUAAGCAAAUCACAAUCAAACAAAACCAAACACAUAUCAGACUUAUUAUUCAUGGUUGUCAAGUCUUUUCUCUCAAAAUGAUCAAAUCCUCUCAGGAAUCUUUCAGACAAGCAAAACCUGGUGUGUGUGAGGGACUUACACCUGCUCCUGCAGAAGUGUAGCCAAUCCCACCCACCCCUGUAGAUGUUAUUUUUUUGUACAAAUCCACAAUAUUUUAAUGAGCUUUAAUUUAAAGUUAAUUCUGUUCCCUUGCUCAUAAGCACAUUUCACUGCUCUGUCUCGUUUUUCCAGAAGAGAGAAACUUAUUCAUGACCCAAAUAGAUGUAUUGACAUCUAAUCAAGCAUUAUAUUGCAUCUUUGAUUAAAUCCAUUGUAUAGCUGUCUGUUUCAUGCGCAUGUCAGGCUGGUCUCAGGUCAACCUAAAGCUAUAAAAUCACAGAUAUUUUCAAGUCAGAGCUGAUUAAGGCAUAUGAUUAGUAGAGCCAUUGUAGGCAUAAAGACUGUAAUUCAUCCAGUGAUUAUAGACAUAUUACAUAUCAGACAAGAGAGUCAUGGCUCUUAAUCUCAAUGAAUGUUAUACAUAUAGAUGGCGAAUAUUUUAGUAUUGAUAAUAUUAUAGUAUAGCUUUGAUAUAUAUUAUGAACACAUUGUUAAAUGAACUUUGAAAACCUUAUUUCCUCAAAUUAAUAUACACUAUAUUGCCAAAAGUAUUCGCUCAUCUGCCUUGACUCGCAUAUGAACUUAAGUGACAUCCCAUUCCUAAUCCAUAGGGUUCAAUAUGACGUCGGUCCACCCUUUGCAGCUAUAACAGCUUCAACUCUUCUGGGAAGGCUGUCCACAAGGUUUAGGAGUGUGUUUAUGGGAAUUUUUGACCAUUCUUC